AGGGAAUGAUAACACGCUGAUCUCCGCUUCGAUCAGCUGGUUUUCGUAACAACGCAACGACGUUCUAAGGAAGUUCUUAGAAUUGCAAAAGUUCAGUCAUAUCCGAACAAUCUGAUUAUCACCUCAACGCAACGUCCAUUUUUUAUCUAAAUUACAACCUCUGCAAGAAGGGAAUCUCUCUAUUUCAAAAUAGAAGAGAUCGUUUAUUAUUAUCAGAAUUCACGCAGUCGCAUUUACUUGAUUCAUUUAGCGACAACUUGCAACCAACAAAAUGCCAAACUCUCACCAAUUUGAGUACGACUCGGAUGACGAGUUCGACGCCAUGCAUGCUGGCGCUGGACGGGAUCCGGAGAACCCGGAAGCCCCUUUGAUUCAGAACCAGGGUACUUCUAUACUUUGUUUGUAGAAAAGAGAUUGUGCGUGAAUUUUCCAAUUCCUACUCAACUUUUUAGAAAAGAGAUUGUGCGUGAAUUUUCCAAUUUUUACUUGAGUAGUGCAAGAAUUUAGACAUUAUUUUAAUUCCUACUCAACAUUUUAGAAAAGAGAUUGUGCGUGAAUUUUCCAAUUUUUACUUGAGUAGGGCAAGGAUUUAGACAGAUUAUUCCAAUCUAAACAGGCGUCGGCUACAGCAAUCCAAUGCUCGAUGAGGAGGACUUGAAGGCGGCGAUGCAGGGCGAGCGCCUUUCCGUCGUCUCCGGUGGUGCCGGCUUGGACGGUAUCCAAGUUGAGGAGACCCAAGGAAAGUCCGCCGGACAGGGCAAGGGUGCCUCCCUUGAGGAAGUCAAGAAGGCUGCUGGAGAAGUUAUCGUACUACUUACUCUUUUUGAGAUUCCCAGUAAGUGUCGCAGCUCCUGUGAAACCAGCGCUUUCUAAAAAAGAUGCUUUCACCUUUCUAGCAAGGUCUGCACCAAGCACACCAUUGACGCACAAUGACCUGCGUCAUUUUUCUUCUUACCAAACUAUUGCAUAGAAAUCGUAUUUUCACGCCUCAAGCGGCUCCAUUCCAAACCAUCUAUAUCACAACAGAAGAAGGACGAGUCCGCUCCGCCACCGUGGUGGGCUGCGCCUUUGGUCGUGGUCGCCUUUAUCACUUUCGAUUCCGGUAAGCUGCUCGCAGAGCGUGUCGCCACUCACGGAACCACCAUCAACACCUC